AUGAAUCAAUCAUACCAACAACAGUCCGACCAGUACCAAACGUAUAACUACGACCAGUCCCAGUUCGACCAGUCGUAUUCGCGGGAGGCUCAAGGUACUAACGGAGGCGGAGUGAAGAAGGCCAAGCUCUGGAGCUUGGAGUUCAUGUCUAGCAAAUGGCCCCGUCUGUUUAUGCUGGUCGUCGGUAUUCAAGCCAUUCUCUGUCUAACUUUUGAGGCGUACGUCUUUGCACAAUUCCAAACGAACCUGGGGCCGUACGUCAAAGACGACCCCAAGGCGGACGCGCAAUACAAAACCAUUCCCACGUUCCUUACCCUCUUUAUCUUCGGCUUCCUGUACGAGCUUAUUGUUGUCUGGGAUGCCUUGCGCAUGAAGAACACUAUUCAGGUCAUUGGCGUGUGCAUCUCCAAUCUGGCCUUGCUCAUCUAUACUGCCAUACAGAUUGAGCAAAUUUCGGAGGCGCUAGACAUCCUCAGCAAGUUCAGCGGUGCCUUGAAGUCGGACCCUGUCAAAAUCUGGGCCGAUAUUCGGCCUUUCCUCGUCGCCAUUCCAGCCAUCAUUGCCGCCUGUACUAUCGCCAUGUGCUUCGUGGCCUGGAAGCUGUACCAAGAGUUCGCUUGGGACAUCUUGAAGCAUAUCGGCGCUGACUAUCGGAUGAAGAAGCGGUUUCUUCAUUACCAGAUCUAUAUCGCUCUCCUCAAGUUUGAUUUCUUCUUCUUCCUAGGUUUUAUGGUUCAGUUCCUUGUCGUCGUCAACGAUCAGUCGGACGAUCCCGAAUUCGGUCUCACCAUUGCCGUUAUCCCCAUCACCAUCUUUAUCCUUUUGUUUGCUGCAUGGUCGGCCCGCCGCGAAAACAAGUGGGGGAUGCUGGUCACAAUCAUCUGCUACCUCGGCGCUCUCACUUACUUCAUCUUUAAGCUCGUUCGCAUCUACCAGACCCACACCCAAGCGACCUAUCGACCAGUCCGAAAGUCCUUGACUGCCUUCUCCGUCAUCACGAUUCUUCUCAUUCUCCUCACGAUUGCUAACGCUAUCGUCUGCAUGACGAAUUUCGGCGCUGGUCUAAGGGACCACCUCAGAUCUUCCAACCGAAGGGAUGAGGAAAAGCCUGAUAUGAAUUCGAUCAACCUCAACGAUCUUAAGCAGCCUCAGGUCCCUAGCAGAAUGACCAUCGAUUAA